AGCUACCCUACACUCUGCACUCCUCCACCAAUCAGAGACUGGUCUGGGGUGUCGGUAAACUGUGAUCUGGGAACGGGGCCCAUCUAUACAUCGCUGUCUGUCCUGGUCCAACAUUUCCAGGAAGAGAUCAGCAGGAUGGUUCAAUUUGGCGUACGAGUUCCAGUAGAAUCCUCUCCAAUACCACAGCCCAAGGUGAUGCGUGUACAGGAGUAUGCAGUGGACGUGACUAUGGACUCAAGCACUGCCCACCCCAGGCUCAUCCUAUCAGGAGACGGGAAAAUGGUAAGAUGUGGGGACUGUCACCAGCCGGUACCUCAUAACUCUGAGAGGUUUGACCGUGUCGUGUGUGUUCUGGGUCGAGAAGGGUUCUCCUCAGGUCAACACUAUUGGGAGGUGGAGGUGGGCGGGAAGACGGACUGGGAUCUGGGCGUGGCCAGCCACUCCAUCAACAGGAAGGGGAAGAUAACGGUAUCCCCUAGCAACGGCUACUGGUUCCUCAGCCUCAGAGAUAAACACAACUAUGUGUUCCGGACAGAUCCCUCCACUGAGCUGCUUCUCAACCUCAGACCACAGAAGAUCGGGGUGUAUGUGGAUUAUGAGAAAGGUAUCGUUCUACAACGUGGUACUAACUUUCCCUUCCUCUCCCCUGUUAAGGUAUCGUUCUACAACGUGGACGCUAAGCUCCACAUCUACACCUUCCUGGCCUCCUUCUGUGAGUCUGUGUUCCCGUUCUUCAGUCCCUGCACCAACAAGUCAGGCAAGAACGACGGAGCCCUCGUCAUCACUCCA